CCGGUUGCGCGACAUCUUCGAGUUAGAGUGUUUCGUUCUAUCAUCAAUGGAAGCAAAGCUCGUAAAUAGUAAUGGCGGCGAGGCGGUGAGUCCCCUUGGCCAGACUUUCAGUACUUCGCUUUUCUCCGUAUGCAUCCAAGCCAUUUUCGAGAUGGAGCAACCCAUAGAUGUGCUUAGCGCCAAGAAAGCCAUAAAUGACAUUCUUCUGCCGUGCAACCCCCGUUUUUGCUGCAUAAUGAGCGAGGACAGGCAUGGAACGCCGCAAUGGGUUCAAACUGAAGUGAACGUUGAUGAUCAUGUAAUUGUUCCAGAGUUUCCUCCAGGGCAGACUGAAUAUGAUGAGUUUGUUAAUGACUAUAUCUGUAACAUACACCUUACUCCUCUUCCUAAGAAUCGGCCCUUGUGGGAGUUCCACUUUCUCAACUACAAUACAAGCAAAGCGAGAGCCACAUUGAUUAUAAACAUGCACCAUUCAUUGGGUGAUGGGACUUCUCUCAUGUCCUUAGUCUUUUGUUGUGUCACCAGAGCAGAUGAUCCCAAUCUUCCCCUCACCUUUCCUUCUUCCAAAUCCGUACCCCACAAAGCUAGUCCACCAUAUUAUUCAUUGUCUUCGGCCAAGUUUAUGUAUUACAUGUUGCAGAGGCUAUUUGUUCUUGUGCUUGUUUUGUGGUACACAGUUUCUGAUGUCAUUGGAAGCUUACUGAGGAUAAAUUGGGUGGACGAUAGCAAGCUAGCCAUUCGAGGGCCUCCAGGGGUGGAGAUGCUGCCUAAAGUUAUGACCCAUCUCAUCUUUCCCAUGGAAGACGUCAGAAAGAUAAAGAAUUCCAUCGGCGGAACGGUGAAUGAUGUGAUCAUGGGAGUAAUAUUCUGCGGUUUUCAACGUUACUUGCAAAUUACUCAUUCUCGUGGAGGAAAUGAGAAAGUCAGAGUAACAGGGAUUGUUCCAAUGAAUACAAGAGUUUUGUCUGGAUUGAAGGAUAUAAAAGACAUGAUAAAACCUAAAAGUGGAGCACCGUGGGGAAAUCGGUUUGGGCUGUUACAUAUACCCAUGCGCACUGCUAAUACGGAAAGUCCAUUAGAUUCCGUGAGAAGAGCCAGAAAAGUGUUAGAUCGGAAGAAAAUGUCACUUGAAGUGUUCAUUACCAGUCGACUACUCCGUUACCUGGGCCGACAGGCGUCUGCUAUUUGUAUGUAUAACACGCUGGCAAACUCAACGCUAACAGUAUCGAAUCUGAUCGGGCCGAUGGAGAAGAUAGCCAUGAAUCAAAUUCCAGUGAAGAACAUGUUUUUCUCGAUAUCCGGUUUGCCUCAGACGCUACUUUUGACGGUGGUGAGCUACAUGGGAAGUGUACGGUUGGAAGUGAUUGGUGUGAAAGGUUACGUAAACUGCGAUAGUCUGGCCAAGUGUUUCGGCGACUGCUUCGAGGAGAUGAAGGACGCAAUCGACGCCUGAAUUUUAGCUGAAUACUUUUAAGUUUGACUAGGUAACUAUAGUACAACAGCUUUCUUGUAUGUUUAAAUCAGACCUGCUAUUGUACUGAAGAUUUAUGGAAAAGUGUGAUUUUAUUUCUAAUGGUACACGCCUAUCCAGAUUUACGGCUAAGUUUCUGAGGGUGGCGUGUACUCAGACAACAAAAUGGACAAAUGAUCGUAUUAUUAAUUAGUUGAAAAUAAAAAAUAUACUAUGUUUUGAUUUUUAA